GCUUUAAAGGGGGGCUCAGGUGCGCACGGCUGCGUCUCAAACCACACUCUAUUCCACUAAAGAGCGCCUAAAACAGUGGACUAUGACACUUAUAAGGACACACUAUCCUCAGUGUACAAUAGUACAAUUUGUGACGUAGCACAUACAGGGGGUCUGCAAUGGCCACGCCCCAGACCGCAUACCUUUACGCAGGAGACUUCUGGAUACAGUCCUGCAGGUCAUACAGUAUAAUCAUGCUUUAAUCACAGGUCUUAUAGGAAAAUAUUCAACAUUUCCACCCUGUAGUUGAUUAUUUCCCUGUUACAGCACACCCUAAAGUGUAUUAUUUCUCUUACAGGCCUACCACAGCAAUUUGCCAAUUACCAUUAAACGUAAUUUUUAUUUUUUUUUUAAAAAACCACACACACAUCAUAUAUUUUAUCGGUUUGUAAUUUAUAUAGAGCGUAAAGUUAGUUCGUGCUCUGACUAACAGUCAUUCCACUCAGCAGCCUCUCUCAGCCACUCCUCUUUGAGUUUGUGGAACAGAUGGAAAGAUGACUGGCAAAAGUAACCACGACAACUCGACAAACACACACACAUACACACACACACACACACACACGCGUAUAAAAGGAAGUAAAAUGGUGCAGCCACAAGAUUUCGAAACAUGUUCCUCUUCUCUUGUCUUCUCUUCUCUUCGCUUCAGAACAGCGAGAUGGAUAAGAUGUGUGAGAUCGGAUGGCUGUGGACAUCUCUAAUUCUAUCAGCGUUAAUGCCUGGAGUCGUUCUGGCCGGUGAUUGGGUGGUCCAUGUUCCCGUGAACCCCAUCCUGGCCCCUCGUGGUUCUUCAGUGACGCUCCCGUGCACUUACGACUUCCCCGAUGAGUCCGGGUCACGUCAUGUUCAGUCUGAGAUGUGGUGUCUGAACCAGGACCUGUGCAUCACGCCCGCCUAUGUGUACCACAGCGGCAGCAUCUUCCCCGAGCCUGCGUACCGGGGCCGGGUCCAGUACCUGGGCUCGCUCGGCUCCAAGAACUGCUCUCUCGGGAUAAGCGACCUGAGGGUGAAGGACAGCGGCGUGUACGUGUUCCGCUUCAUUACUAACCACCCUGUGGACAAACUUCCGGGGCAGAGGGGCGUUACACUGCAAGUGACAGAUCCCCCAGUGAACACUUCAGUGAUGGUCACCAGCUCAGACCGGAUCGUCGUGGGGAAAUCCCUCACCCUGUCCUGUACCAGCUUCACCGCCUCGCCUCUGACCACCUUCACUUGGUUCCACAUGAACGGAACUACGACUUUAAGAGGCACAGGCCAGAAUUUCACUAUAGAGCAUCUCAGUUCUAAAGACAGUGGGUUGUACACAUGUGCUGCCCAAAACAUCUGGGGCUCCCAGAAUGCCACCAUUAUAAUCACCGUCCAGAAAGCAGAAGAAAGCAGCCCUGCCUCCACUACUGUCAUUGUGGUCGGAAUUAUCCUCCUGCUCAUAAUAAUAGCCACCAUUGUUGCUUGUACUAAAAGAAACACCGCCUCUAAAUCUCUUCAGUCAGUGUUCAACGAUGACGGCAACCUCUGAUUACUGUCGGAUCAACAGCGGGAGAAGGAAACGAUUCUUCUCUCUUCUGCGUUCGGUUCAUAUUUAUUGAAUCGAUUAAAACGGUGUCAUAAAAUGCAGCUGUUUAAAUAUCUUAUUAUUAUCUAAGUUUCAUCGGAAUAUCGAGUCUUUAACCUAGGGCUAGACGGUGUGAAAUAUCCGUGAUGUAAUAAUGUAUGUGUUUUUAUUCUGUUUUAUUAGAACAAUAUAGACUUACAGGUUUGUUUGUUUUUUUUUUUAUUAUGAGGCUGAUCACAUGCUCUGAUCCCAACUUCUUUCCAAGUGCAGGGAAUCCCCCCCCCCCAACCCCACCCCCACCCCCACCCCCCAAACUUUUAUCACAUUAGUACAUGGCUAACGCAUGUGUUUAUAAAGAUGAACUGAAAAUAAAACGAAAUUAUAAUCUAGAAAUAGAACGACAGCAUGCCUAUGUGUCCAAACUCAAUAUAUACAGUGUGUUAUUGCAAUAAUUAUUGAUUUGAGUGUAUGUAGGAUGCAUUAAUAACGAGAAACUUUAUUUUUUUUACACGCUAUCAGGUCAUUAUAGCAGCUAUAAACAGUCGUUCCCUCUCCAGUCUU